AUGACUGGACAAACUUCGGUCACAGCUGGGAAAUCUUUAGCAGACUAUAGUCAAUGGCUUCACAAGAUCACCAUACACACCACGAUCACCACCACGACCAUCACCACCAUCAGCAUGACCAUACCCAUGACGGGUAAGAUAUUUUAUCUCCAAUUCAUUCCAUUCAUUAUUGUUGUUUUGAAAACAUCAUCAUGGGUUGGCCCAGAUGGAAGGGUGUACCAUAGCCAUGAUGGACUAGCUUCACAUUCCCAUGAACCCAUAUACUCUCCUGGCUUCUUUAGCAGGAGAGCGCAACCAAUCCUUACAAGGGAUUUCAAUGAAAGAGCUUUCACUGUUGGCAUUGGUGGCCCUGUUGGUACUGGGAAAACAGCUUUGAUGCUGGCUUUGUGUAAAUUCUUGCGUGACAAGUACAGUCUUGCUGCUGUUACAAAUGAUAUAUUCACAAAAGAGGAUGGUGAGUUCUUGGUUAAGCAUGGAGCACUGCCUGAGGAGAGGAUCCGUGCUGUUGAAACUGGAGGCUGCCCACAUGCUGCGAUUCGUGAAGAUAUCAGCAUUAACCUUGGCCCUCUUGAGGAGCUUUCUAACUUGUUCAAAGCAGACCUACUUCUUUGUGAAUCUGGUGGAGAUAAUUUAGCUGCCAACUUCAGUAGGGAACUGGCUGACUAUAUCAUCUAUAUAAUAGAUGUAUCUGCUGGUGAUAAAAUUCCUCGGAAAGGUGGGCCAGGCAUCACCCAAGCUGAUCUCCUUGUCAUAAACAAGACUGACCUUGCGCCGGCAGUUGGAGCUGACCUAGCCGUAAUGGAGCGUGAUGCACUUAGAAUGCGGGAUGGAGGGCCAUUUGUUUUUGCUCAGGUGAAGCAUGGGCUUGGCAUAGAGGAAAUUGUGAACCACAUUUUACAAGGUUGGGAAGUAGCAACUGGGAAAAAGCGUCAUUAA